AGAGAGUGGAUAGAAAAUUGCAGCUACGUGUAGACUAUCGAGAUAGUACGUACGAGACACGCGACAUUUCCUACUCCGCUAAAACGGACGAGCUCUUCUUCUUCGUUCAUGAAGAAGAAGAGAAAGGGAAAAAAGAAAAACGAAAAAAACAGGCAGUCAUGUAUCCCUCUUUAUCUUUCUCUCUCCCUUUUUUUUUCUGGGUACGUUCUUCGUGUCUUUGCCCUAAACAUGUCCGGCUCUGCCGUCGGCUCGACGAUGUUUUAAAAAUAAACUCACGCUGGAAUAUCGUUUCGACCGUCACCUCCUCCCUCCGUAUCCUCUAUCACCGCCGCCGCCGCCGCCGCCAGCAGCAGCAGCAUCACCUCAACCAUUACUAUCCAAGCUACGUCUCUCGGGCAGCGCUCUCGUCGCAUUCGAAAUGAUGCUUUUAUCUCGAUUGAACCGCGCGCGAAUUCCAUGGCCGAGGCUUUUCUCCAAUUAAUAUAUCGAAUUUCCUGGCACUUGAAGGAUUUUAUCGACGAGAAUCCUAUGAAAUAUACCGCCGCGAUUCCAUCGUCUCAACGCAGUUUUCUUAUUUUUUGACCUCCCAGUCAUUUUUUCACCGUACAACGAGAUAAAUCGUAAUUUUGGAGCAAAAUUAAAACUUUGGGAGCUAUCCCUGGAAGAGGAAAUUUUACUCACCUCCCACGAAUUUCUUUUAGAUAAUUUAAUGUUCUUGAAAAAGUUCCAGCGGUAAUGACGCUGAAACUGCGAAUUACAUUCGGCCCGUUCCUUAUCGUUCGUCAUUGCGGCAUAAACUUUGAGAUUAUACUGAUCGAUGAUAAGAUGAAAUAAUAAUGAGACGAUUAUGCGUGUCUUUAUCUCGAACGUUGAAACGUGAAAUUACGCGUCGUUCACGAUUAACAAAACGACGAUCCACGUUUUUCCCUUUUUCUUUUUUUUGUUUUUUUCUUUUCAAUAUUUUUCGUCAGAUAGGUAAUUGACUUUUUCAUUCGUAAUACCCCCGAUUAUUUAUUCUCUCUGUCUCGCAUGUGAUUGGUCGAUGCUUUUAUAAUAUUUCGACGUAGACGAGAUCGGAUGCAAGAAAGAUCUUUAAAAUUGUACGCGUGUCACAAUUCGAUAUUUGUGAGACGCGUAGUCAAGGAUGACGUCCUCGCUCGUCAUUCUUUUAUCAUGCAAAACUAAUUGAUAUAGCGCAUUAGAAAGUUUCGCUCUUACCGGUAUUUUCGCAUAGAGAACUGCGUGCACGCUUAACUACCAUUGGUCGUGUACCAGAUUAAAAAUUUCAUGUGAUCAGGAACGUUGCAAAAGAUGGCGCUAAGACAUAGAAGUGUUAAACAUUAGUAUUUCACGCACAUGCACCUAACAUUUAAAUACUCGAAAAGAUCUUUCGAUCUCAUUGGUUAAGACGAACGAAAUAAAUCAAUUCGUUGUUUAAAAAGUUUUGUGUUCCGUUGCGUUGAUUGGUCGAGCGAUUGACGGAGGAUGUCGACAUUUUUUUUCCACGAGGCGAUUGGUCGCGAAAAAAAGAUGGCGGAACUAUUUGGAUGCUCGUUUAAAGAGAGAGAGAAAAAAAAAAGAACAAAAAAAAAAUAAGUAAAAGUCGGCGUUGUCCGCGAAGAGGAAAGAAAGAUCUUUUCUUUUUCCUACUCCCGUUCGGUCUCUCCCUUCCUCUGUGAUUCGGUCGCUUUCACGUCAGGUAUCACAAAGAAAUUCCCAUCUGGCUCGCACGCCGGCAUCCACGAGACGAAACGAGCUAUCUCGGUUGUGUUGUCGCGUCGUCGUCGUCGUCGUCGUCGUCGAUCGACGGAGAGCGAAGGAGAGUGGAGAGGGUAGCGGGAGCUAGUAAAAAAAACCAAGUUGUCAUGCUGCGCCGUUCUAACGGAGCGAGAAGAGAUUUUUGGCGGUAGUAAAGCACGCGCAUUCGCAAAUCGCGAAAUAUUGAGAUAUCGUGCUUUCGUGAGAGAAGGGAGAUCUCGAGAGUGUUAGACAAAGAGCAGGAGCAGGAGGAGGAGGAGGAGGAAGGUGAAAGUGAAUGGACGGCAGUGGAAAUAACCUAAAAAUUAUCGUUCUCGUAGGAAGGUGCGUGGAGCGACAAGAAACGUCUCUUGGGAGGAAAAGAGAGAAAGAUGUGUGGGUGAUCGUCAUGAGCGUUCCACGAUGUCGCAUCUCGUACGCGUGACUUAAGAGAUAGGAGAAGCGUGCAAUUAUAGCAAAAAAUAUGGAUGCCUGUAACGAAGGCGUAGACCGGAUAGGAUCCUCCGAUGAUGCUACCGCAAAAAAAACCUGGCCAGAAUUACGUGGUGUAGUUAGCGAUUUGAGGAGAAGAUUGUCAGGUGUAUCGGCGGGAUCAGUGCCUGGAUCCAUAACGUUUCGAUCUUUACCCGAUGGACGCACCAGAAUAUAUUUUCUCAGUACUCCGAACAAUGGUUGGGAAACUACACUUUUAUAUGUCGAUAUUGCACACUCCGAUCAUGCCAAUGGGUAUCGACUUCAUUGGCAACCAGUUAUAGAAGCAAAUUUUCAGAGCGUAUCCAGUACAAAUAGAUUGUCGAGGGAGGAGCAGCUGUUAUGGGAAAGGAAGAGGCUAGCUACUUGGGGUAUAACCAGUUAUGAAAUUCAUGCGGAAAGUGGCAAGUUAGUUUUUCCAGCUGCAAGUAGUUUAUAUCAAUGUAUAGACACAGGCUUUAUGCCUGGACCUUUGUUUCCAUCAGAGAUUAGAAUAUCGGCUUCUGGUGCUAAACUGUGUCCUCAAAUUUGUCCAUGGAACAAUGCGUUGGUCGCUUAUACUUGUUCCGGUGACUUAUAUUUGUCUCAUAGCGUUACAGGAUCAUCCGUCAGAUUGACUCAUGCCAGAAAAGGGGGCAGAAGUCUAACCGAUGAUCCUCUUACUGCCGGUACUCCUUCUUAUGUCAUGCAAGAAGAAUUUACUAGGUAUAUAGGUUUUUGGUGGCAACCAAAAUCUAACGAUGGCAUUUAUAGAAUAGUCUACGAAGAGGUCGACGAAAGCGACGUGAAAAUCUUUUGUUUUCCUUCAACGACCAAUUCCGAGGAAAUAGAUGAAUUUAGAUUUCCUAGAGCUGGCACGUCAAACGCUAGGAGUAAUUUGAAAAUGGUGCAAUUCCGAUUAACGGAAACUUUGCAGAUAGUUGACGUUGAAAUAUUAGAACUCCAGUAUCCGCUACAGAUUAUGUUUCCUUGGAUGGAAUAUAUGGUUAGAGUUGGUUGGACGCCGGACGCUCAAUACGUUUGGGUGCAGUUAUUAGAUAGGAAACAACAAAAGCUCGAACUGGUUCUAUUAUCGGUCGACAAUUUUUCUGAGCCUCCUACGAGCGUAUACAAUACCAAAUCUUCCUCUGCGAGCGUUCAGGUUUUAUAUUCCGAGCAGAGUACCGUUUGGGUGAACGUUAACGAUUUGCUUUACUUUUUGCCCUCGGACGAACCGAUGGAAGUAAAAUUUCUUUGGGGCAGCGAGGAGUCGGAAUUUCGACACUUGUAUCUUAUAACAUCCAGCAUAACUGGUUUAAGCAAUGGUGUAGAAGAAUCAUUGGAUCGAAUGGAUAGUAUCUUUUUACAGCCACGCGUUACAUCGAAGAUAGCAUUGACGCAAGGCGAUUGGGAAGUAUUGGGUAAAAAAUUGUGGGUGGACGACAGCAAUUCUAUCGUAUAUUUUUGUGGUUUGAGAGAGGGUCCGUUGGAACAACACGUUUAUGCGGUCUCCCUUCGUCGGCCACUGGAAAUAAGACUCUUAACGAGGCCCGGAUACAGUUAUAAUAAUGUAUAUUUCAAUAAGGAAUGCACUAUGCUAGUUACCGUCUACAGCUCCAUCAAAACAUUUCCGAUAUGCCAAGUAUUUAGGAUAUCUCAAUCCGAUUGGACGGUGGAGAGUAUAACGCUUACUCCGGUUGGUUACCUGUUGGAACCAUCUUCUCCCGAAUUAGAUUUAUUUGCGCCAGAAAUUUAUACCUAUAAGAUAAUGUCGGGGGAUACAAUUUACUCGAUGAUUUUUAAACCUCAUAAUUUUCAAGCAGGAAUCAAGUAUCCCACUAUAUUAAACGUUUACGGUGGUCCGGAAGUACAAUUGGUAUCCAAUACGUUUAAAGGUAUGAGACACUUAAGAAUGCAUAUGCUGGCUGCGCAAGGCUAUUGCGUUGUUUUAAUCGAUUCUCGUGGCUCGCAGCAUAGAGGAUUGGUAUUUGAGAGUCAUUUGCAACGUCGCAUGGGAACCGUCGAAUUAAACGAUCAGGUCGAAGUUUUAAGAUGGCUGGCCGAGACGACGGGAUACAUAGAUUUAAAUCGUGUCGCUCUUCACGGUUGGUCUUACGGCGGAUACCUAAGUCUGAUGGGUUUGAUACAAUAUCCUGAUGUAUUUAAAUUGGCGAUAGCCGGGGCACCGGUUACAUCCUGGAACUUUUACGACACCGGUUACACCGAGCGUUACAUGGACCUUCCUCAAAAUAAUCCACACGGUUAUAUGACCGGUUCGGUUUUAACAUACGUUAGCAAGUUCCCGGACGAAGAGAACAGACUUCUUAUCAUUCACGGACUUAUCGAUGAAAAUGUUCACUUUUUCCAUACCAGUCAGUUGAUCAAUGCUCUUGUAAAAACUGGCAAGCCGUAUCAAUUGCAAAUUUAUCCGAACGAAAGGCACAGCCUUCGAAAUUUAGAUGCUAGUAAACAUUACGAAACUACGUUGCUAUCGUUUCUACAAAAUCAUUUAUGAACCUAUUUAAAUUAGACACUAUUAGGUAAAUUUUACACACCGAUUGCUCGUUAAAAGAACGAUCUUUUUUAAAAAUUUAAGUAACUGCCAUUAUUUUAUGUAUAUAGAACUCUAACCGAAUUAAUCUGAUCUGUCGCUAUUUCUAUAUCUUCGCGAUGGUAUAGACAGGUAUUCGAUUUUAAUCUCUAUGUCGGAGUCAAGUAUCGAGGUAUGUUCAAGCAGUAUUACAUUUUUACUACGAGAACUUGCAAUAAAGUCUAGACGAUAUGUAUGUUUGAAACGUACGUAUUGUUAUUAAAGAUACCUGUCGAAUAUUCCACAAGCAUAUUGAAUGAAAAUAAUCCACUGUCUGAAACGCGACAUUGAAUCAACAAUGUUAUUACUUUGUUAUGGAACCAUCGCGGAACAUGUUAUAUACACGUACACUCAUACGUUUAUUACGAAGGCUUACCACCAUCUACAAACGUAUUAACGAUCCUAGAUAUUUUUUAAGAAAAUCGACAAUACUCGCAAUUAUUUUGUACAUAUAUAUAUAUAUAUAUAUAUAUAUAUAUAUAUAUAUAUAUAUAUAUAUAUAUAUAUACACAUAUAAAUACGUGCUAUAAUCAAACGUAGAUCUGCAUAAGAUUUUUGUAGGGCUUUUACCCUAAUUGUACUUAGAAGAUAUUUCUGCUCGAUACAUAUAUAUGCGUGUGCGUGCGUGCGUGUGAGCGUGUGUAUGUAUAUAUAUAUAUAUACAUAUAUACACAUAUAUAUAUAUAUAUAUAUAUGUGUGUGUGUCUUCUUUAGGUUGUUAUAUAAUCUUCUGCUUGAUUAUGUAUAUACGUGUGAAGCUGUCAAAUCUUUUUACAGUAAAUAAUUAUGAAAAGUAUUUUAACGAUAACACUAUUUGCGAUCUUGAUCAUUGUGAAAUUAUCGUAUAUCCGAUGGAUAAUCAUUUGUCAAAUAAAUAAAUUCGCUAUUUUAUA